AUGGCCGUCUCUCCUCUCAUUGUCCCUGGUUCGGGAGAGAGAGGACCCCAUUCGAAAUCUAAACUCUCCGCAGCCUCUUCAGGCAAUGGCACACCCAGUACUACCCUCGGAAGCAACAGCUUGAAAGAUGUGGCAGAACAAAUGAAUGAGGAAGAAAAAGACAAAUACGUUAAAGGCAAAAAGGUAGGAGAAGGAACCUAUGCAAACGUCUACAUCGGCCACCACAAAUCCGACCCCUCAAAUCUCGUCGCCAUUAAGAAAAUUAAAGUCCAGCAAGAAUACAAAGAAGGCAUGGCCCCCGACGCUAUCCGCGAAUUGAAACACCUCCAAGAACUCUCCCACCCAAACAUCAUCUCCCUCCUCUCCGUCUUCUCCUCCAAAGACCAAAACCUAAACCUAGUCCUCGAAUACCUGCCCCUCGGCGAUCUCGAAGUCCUCAUCAAAGACAUCGAAAACAUCCACUACGGCGCCGCUGACAUAAAAGCCUGGAUGGGCAUGCUGAGCCGCGCAAUCUGGUUCUGCCACGAGAACUUCGUCCUCCACCGCGAUAUCAAACCCAACAAUCUGCUCAUAGCUGCCGAUGGGGAGAUCAAACUUGCUGAUUUUGGUCUCGCAAGGUCUUUUGCAGAUCCAUACCGCGUAAUGACAUCCAAUGUGAUAACCCGUUGGUACCGACCUCCAGAGCUGCUUUUCGGCGCAAAACACUACUCCGGCGCCGUCGAUAUCUGGAGUGUUGGUCUCGUCUUUGCGGAACUAGUAAUUCGAAACCCAUAUCUCCCUGGAGACACAGAAAUCGAUCAGAUCGCCAAAAUAUGCGCCGGAAUUGGGACACCCACGGAAGAAAACUGGGCUGGCGUUUCUAAACUCCCAGAGUACACAGUCCCUUCCCCAACCACACCAGUACACGGCCCCGAGCAUUACCUAGGCAUGUUCGGUACCGCAGGCCCAGAUGGCGUGGAUUUACUUAUGAAGAUGUUGAUAUUAGAUCCCAGGAGGAGGAUUACAGCAAGGGAGGUCCUCGAACAUAGGUGGUGGAGAGGCGAACCGAGAGCUACGCGCAACGAGGAUUUACCGAAGAAGGGCCCGGGGUCGGGUUUAAGUAGAUUGGGCGCGACGGAGAGUAAACGGCCUGGGAUGGUAGAGGGGGUUGCUCGAAGGUUGGAUUUCGGGGCGUGA